AUGAUGCUAAGACAACAGCUUCUCAAGUAUCAACAUCAGCAACGAUUGCUAUUCUCAACAACCGCAAAAAGACGGCGGAAAAAGCCAAAGUUGCCAUCCACUACCAAAGACAGACUUCGUCGUGUGGCUCCUCCUGGCAAUAGAAUCCAAAAAGAGAACAGGAUUGAUUCCGAGUUGGUGACGGAGCGCCUGCAAACCCGAUUGGAUUGGGUACGAUCCAAUAUUGAAAGUUUGUGGAAGGAUCCCAAUGCUGCCUCAAGACCAGAUCGGUACGAAAUAAGCAUGGAUGGGAACUGGUGGAAGUGGAACCUGCUGCUGGCCUUGACUCCCGGCAUGUUGAUUGCCGCCUAUUGCGAAUUUGUGGCCAAGCCUACCAUGUUGGAACAGAGAAAAGUAGAAGGCUCAAGUGGGCUACCCCAACCAAAUUCUAGCUCGUUCCUUGAGGAUCUAUACGAUGGUCUGAUGCAUUACCUCUAUGGAAUGGAACCAACCAAUAAUAACCAAAUUCAAUCUGAAACUCCUACCAACAACACGAUCUCGGGUGAUUCCAUGCAAAGGGACGACUUGCAACAGCUACAAGCAUUGAAGGAUCAAAUCAAAGAUCUAGAAGACCGAAUGAAUGCUGCUGAUAUCAGCACAUCACCACGGCCCGGCGUGCGUCAGCGGCGUCAUCAAAGGAACAAUGUCCACAAACCUAAAGAAGAACCGCCGUCCGACAAUUCCGCUGACAAGUCUAGUCCGUCAAUGGCUGGAUGGAUACUACAGACGAUGACCGAAUCUUUGGGGAUGAUACAAGAGACUGCAAAUACAGUUUUAUUUCCAUCACCAGAUACACAAGGGAAGGACAAGGAGGACGCAUCCAAUGCUAAUACUGAUAACGCUACUGCGUCAAUAACUGGUGAUGAGGAGGAUGAUGAUGCUGCCAAUCUUUCAAACGAAGAACAAUUAAGUUCAAGUCAAUAUGAAAACAAAAAGAAGCAAGACGGUGGUGUCACCAUCGACGAGUUCGAGAAUAGUAGUCGUCGACGGUGGUGGCAGCUUUGGAAAUAA